AUGCGAAAACGAGCAACCAAUUCCGUUGAUAUUCGGUCGGCGAAGAAAAAGAAUGCGGUUUCAUCGUUGAAUUGGCUAUUUGAAUCCAAGAGGAUUACAUUUAACAUUAAUCCUAUCACUGGCGUAUUACUAUUGUUACUUGUCAUAUACAUUUUUGUCACAUACGAAAAGCAUAAGGAACAAACUGUGUGUCGGGUGUUGAAUGAUUGUCAAGAGAAAAUCUCGUGGAUAUCUGUUCCUGAACCCACGAACUCAACAGACUACCUUCAUUUAGAUAAUGGAGCAUUCGUUUAUCGGCACAUAUAUAUGGAUGAGUUUGAACAAGAAUUUAAUGUGACACCAGCUUAUUUCCCGAUAAUUGAUCCGGAUAUCUCCAGAUAUCUUUCGAAGUAUAACCUUUCUUUUCGUUUAAGGAAUGACACUGAGAUCGAUCAGUCUGAGGUCGAAAGUGCUCUCGAAUCAACUGCUCGUUACGCUCACGUUGUCGAAGAACAAAAAUACCAAGUUGGUAAUGGGACGUUUGUGGAUGAUGGUCGAGUAUACGUUCGGUGGGUAAAUGAUAUUGUAAGAUAUGGCAUGUUUGCAGGACGUAAGAUAGAGAAAGGGGAUGUUUUAGGAAUCUAUAAUGGAGUUAUUACGAAACAAGGCGCCGAUCUAGAAUACGCGUGGCAGUUCAAUUAUUUGGUUGAACUUUUGGAUGAUAAUGGAGAAAAAAUGAGCACUUGCAUUGAUGGCAAACAUCAUGGAAAUUAUUUACGCUUUGCCAAUCACCGUGAUGAUAAUCAAAAUGGCAAUCCAAUCUACGUUAUAUACGACGAUAUAUGGUAUGUACUGUAUGUCGCUCUCGAGGAAAUCAUGAUCAUUUCCGAGUCUUUGAUCAAAACGAUACGAAAUGGCACCGUUCUUUCGGUAUGGAUCGCCAAAUUAGUAUCAAUGUUUGGUUUCAGUUCUCUGUAUAGGUUUUCGGUUUACCCGGUUGGAUCGGUCAAAGAUGAUGAAUACCGAGAUCAAAUUAAAAUCAGGUCUCGCCGAGAAUCGAACUCGGAUCGCAGGAUUCAAAGUCCUGA